UCAUUUUCCAAAUCGGGAUAUAAACGCGCCACCCCGUCGACGGCUCGCAAACACCUCCACCAUGUCCAAGAAGAACCUCCUCCUGCUGUUCGACCGCCCCCAGGAGCCCGUCUUCAUCGGCAAAGGCUCGAAAAAAACCGUCUUCGACAUCCCCAACGACUACCUCAACGACAAAUACAAGCCGUUGGGCGUCUCCCUCAGCAACCGCUUCAAGCAGGACGCCGAGGAGACCGUCCCUGUGAAGAAGAUCUCCAUUCCGCCACUUGGUGAAAUCCUCGAAUUGGAACGCGAUGCCAACUUCUCGCUGUUUAUUCCCAAACACCGGCGCAUCGCCGGCCGCCUCAUCGACAUCUUCCUGGGGAUGCGCAACGUGGACGACCUCCUCUCCGUGGCGGUGUAUGCGCGCGACCGCGUCAACCCCUACCUCUUCAGCUACGCCCUCUCCGUGGCCAUCCUCCACCGGCAGGACACCCAGGACAUCGACCUGCCCUCCUUCAUCGAAUCGUUUCCUGAUAAGUACGUCGACUCCAAGGUGUUUGCCAAAGCGCGUGAAGAAGCCACGGUGGUGCCCGAAGGUUCGCGUACUCCCAUCGAAAUCCCGAGGGAUUACACAGCGUCGGAUUUGGAGGAGGAGCACCGACUGGCCUACUUCCGGGAAGAUCUGGGGAUCAACCUCCACCACUGGCACUGGCACCUGGUGUACCCUUUCGAAGCGGCGAGGGAAGUCGUGGCGAAGAACCGAAGAGGGGAGUUGUUUUAUUACAUGCACCAGCAGAUCAUCGCCAGGUACAACUUUGAACGCUUGUGUAAUAAACUGAAGAGGGCAACGAGGUUUAAUGAUUUCAAUGAGGCGAUUAAAGAGGCGUAUUUUCCCAAACUGGACAGUUUGGUGUCAAGUCGGGCUUGGCCUUCGCGUGUCGCAAACCAAAAACUGAGGGAUUUGAACCGGGAGGUUGACCAGAUUAAGCAAGACGUGGAAGACUUGAAGAGGUGGAGUGACCGGAUUUAUGCAGCAAUUCAUCAAGGGAGUGUCACUGAUGAACGCGGCCGCAGCAUCACCCUCACCGAAAACGAAGGCAUCGACAUCCUCGGCAACAUGAUCGAGUCCAGCAUCCUCUCCCCCAACCGCACGUACUACGGCGACUUGCACAACAUGGGCCACGUCUUCAUCUCGUACAUCCACGACCCCGACCAUCGCCACUUGGAGUCCUUCGGGGUCAUGGGCGACUCCGCCACGGCCAUGCGGGACCCCAUCUUCUACCGUUGGCACUCCUACAUCGACGACAUCUUCCAGGAGUACAAAGCCACCUUGCCUCGCUACACCGAAAACCAGCUCAAUUACCCCGGAAUUACCGUCAGUAACAUCGAAGUCCCGUCACAGGGAAGCUCCAAAAAUACGUUCAACACCUUCUGGCAACAGUCCGACGUUGAUUUAUCGCGCGGGAUGGACUUCCAACCCCGCGGUUCCGUCUUUGUCCGCUUCACACAUUUGCAACACCAACCCUUCACUUACAAAAUCACUGUUAAUAACCAGAGUAACGGAAAUAGGAAAGGCACGUGUCGGAUUUUCCUGGCACCCAAGACUGAUGAAAGGGGGAAUCCCUGGCUGUUCCGUGACCAGAAAAUCAUGUUCAUUGAGUUGGAUAAAUUUACAGUUAACUUGAAACAAGGCCAAAACACUAUCACCAGGGCCUCAAGUCAGUCCUCAGUGACGAUUCCGUUUGAGCGUACGUUCCGUAACUUGGAUUUGAAUCGUCCACAAGGCGGGGAAGAACUGGCGCAGUUUAAUUUCUGUGGUUGCGGGUGGCCGCAACAUAUGCUUAUUCCUAAGGGAACCCCCGAAGGAAUGAAGUCGCAACUUUUCGUAAUGAUUUCGAAUUAUGACGACGAUAAGAUCGACCAAAGCACGGAAGGGGUUUGUAACGACGCUGGGAGUUAUUGCGGGAUUAAGGAUAAGUUGUAUCCGGAUCGGAGGUCCAUGGGUUAUCCCUUUGACAGGAUGCCCAGGAAUGGAGUUGACACCCUUCAACAGUUCCUUACUCCGAAUAUGCGUGUCCAGGAUGUCACUAUCAAGUUUAGUGAUAGGACCGUGAGGCCGAAACAACGCAAUUAAUUUACUGGAUUACUGGACUUGAAUAAAAAUUUUAAGCAUU